CGGGCGCGUUCCCGUGUCCUUUCUCUCCCUUGCUCGCUCGCUCGCUCCAGCGGCAUCAGUAUCAGCCUCUCAGUCUGCUUGCAAACCAACUGGCCGAAAACAAAACAGAAACAGCAGCGAGAGGGAGGGAGAGGGAGAUAGAGAGAGAAAGAAUAAACUACAUCGGGACUUGUCACAACAGCUGCCUGUUUUAAAAACACCUAUUGAUCUUACCCGACUACCGGGAUACUGAUAAACAGAUCUUACUGAACGCGGAGUGGCGAUGGCUCGUUGGUGCACGGAAUAAGUCGGGUUUUUUUUGUUUGUUUUUUUACAUUUUGUUUUGUUUUGACAAAAGGGAGGUGUUGCAGCAACUGGGAGCGAAUUUUUUUUAUAGUGUGCCCGAAUAUAUUCGCUGCGGACCGAUAAACCAGACCAAACCGCAGCGGUAACAGAAUUAAUAUUGCACCAACGCUACGCCUGAUAUUGAUUUUAGUUGAAAAUAACAAUAAUAUCACGGGAACUGCCACUCUUGUCAAAUAAGUACUGCACGUUGGGUGAAGGCAAUUUCACGUUUGCCAAUGAUAGACUGGGAGGAAGCGGUGUAUCAGUAAGCUAACCCCGCUUCUCUCGUCUCUAUCUCCCGUCAUGAAGGAUUCGUUUACUCGUAGAUCGGAAUAAAACACCGCUUUAAGAAGACGAUUUGGGGGGGAAACCAAGGCGGUCUUCAAAGCAUAACAACAUACACUUUGUUCGUGGUUUCUGAUAAGAAGAGAAGAAUGGCUAAUGAUUCAUUGCAAAGUGAACCGGGCAGCCUGUCAGUCCUGGAGCAGCUGGGUCUGGACCAGAGCUCGGACUUCUCGGACACGAGCGUGCAGCAGCGCCUGGACGAGGAGAAGGAGCGCAUCCGCAGGGAGAUCCGCAAGGAGCUGAAGAUCAAGGAGGGAGCGGAGAACCUGCGGAGAGCCACCACCGACAAGAAGAACCUGCAGAACGUGGACAACAUGCUGAAGGACUCCAAUCGCAAGCUGGAGGAGCUGCACUGCCAGCUGCAGGAGCUCGACGCUCACAUCGUGGUGAAGGACCCCGACGACCUACGAGGCGCGCCCCAGUCUCCCGGCACACUGAGCCGAUCCACAGCCAACAAGAACCGGAUCUCAGCCCUGGAGAAGCAGCUGAACAUCGAAGUCAAAGUGAAGCAGGGCGCAGAGAACAUGAUCCACAUGUACUCCAAUGGGUCCACCAAGGAUCGCAAGCUGCUCCAGACGGCUCAACAGAUGCUGCAGGACAGCAAGACCAAGAUUGACAUCAUUCGCAUGCAGGUGCGCAAGGCCGUGCAGGCAGACGAGGUGCAGCUGGACUUCGAGGAUGGGACGGGGAAGCUGGACCUCAGUGUGCUGGAGCUGCGAAUCGAGGAGCUGCGGCAUCACUACCGAGUGGAGCACGCUGUAUCCGAGGGGGCCAAGAACGUGCUGAGACUGCUGGGCUCGAGCAAGACACAUGACAAGAAGGCCAUGUCUGAGGCCCAGGAGAAGCUGUACGAGUCGAGUCAGAAGCUGGACCUGCUGAAGGACUCUCUGGAGCAGCGUCUGAACGAGCUGCCCGAGGAUCACCCCAAGGGCUGCCUCAUCAAAGAAGAGCUGGUCAUGGCCUCCUCGCCAGCCUUCAGCUCCCGCCACAGCGCCUCCUACCUGCACAACCAGUACAACACGCUGAGCAAGCCCUCCCCGCUCACAGGCACACUGGAGGUGCGUCUGAUGGGCUGCAGCGGUCUCCUGGAGGUGGUCCCUGGCAGGACGCGGGGCUCGACAGUGACCCUGCCCUGCUACACCCCCGCGGAGGGUCGCCCCUCGUUCAUGGGGCGCAGCGGCAAGGCGCUGUACAGCCGGAGCGGCAGCCUGGGCAGCAGGAGCCCACUCAAAGCAGAGGAGCUCUCCAGUGAGGUGAGUGCUGUGCUGAAGCUGGAGAACACACUGGUGGGACAGACGGCAUGGAAACCAAUCGGACAGCAAGCCUGGGACCACAGCUUCACUGUGGAGCUGGAGAGGUCCCGAGAGCUGGAGAUCUCAGUGUACUGGAAAGACUACCGCUCGCUGUGUGCCUUAAAGUACCUCAAACUAGAAGACUUCCUGGACAAUCAGAGACACGAGAUCCACCUAGAUCUGGAGCCCCAAGGAGUGCUGCUGGCAGAGGUGACCUUCUUCAAUCCCGUUAUAGAAAGAAUACCAAAACUUCAGAGGCAGAAAAAGAUUUUCUCGAAGCAGCAAGGUAAAGCCUUCCUUCGCGCUCGGCAGUUGAACAUUGACAUUGCCACCUGGAUGCGCUUGCUGAGACGGGCCAUACCCACUGCCAACUCUACAGGCACUUACAGCCCCUCGACGCAAAUGACACCUGGCACAGCUGGCGAGAGGUCUGAAAACACCACUGGUGAUAUUUCUGUAGAGAAGCUGAACCUGGACACUGACCUGUUGCCACGGAAACGGACGUCGGAGUCCCGGAAUUCCCGUGAUGAAGCCGACACUCCGGAACCAUCUCCGCAGGGCGAGGGUGUGGCUGUGAUCGAACCCUUCUCCCCUCCUGAGCUCUUCCCUGCCAGAGCCAGUAAAGACCCCUCGGAGCACUCCCUGCAGAGCAAGCACAGGAAAGCCCUGCUGUCCCUGCAGGACUUCAGAUUAAUCGCCGUGCUGGGGAGAGGACACUUUGGAAAGGUGUUGUUAUCGGAAUACCGUAAAACCGGGAAUCUGUACGCCAUCAAAGCACUGAAGAAGGGCGACAUCGUGGCACGGGAUGAAGUAGAGAGUCUGAUGUGUGAGAAGCGAAUCUUCGAGACGGUCAACAGCUCCUCGCACCCCUUCCUGGUGAACCUGCUGGCCUGUUUCCAGACCCCUGAGCACGUCUGCUUUGUCAUGGAAUACACGGCUGGGGGGGACCUCAUGAUGCACAUCCACGCCGACGUCUUCACAGAGCCCCGCGCCGUGUUCUACUCUGCCUGUGUGGUGCUGGGGCUGCAGUUUCUUCAUGACCAGAAGAUUGUCUACAGGGAUCUCAAGCUGGAUAACCUGCUGCUCGACAAAGAUGGAUAUGUGAAAAUAGCCGACUUCGGACUCUGCAAAGAAGGAAUGGGAUACGGAGACCGGACAAGCACGUUCUGUGGGACCCCUGAGUUCCUCGCCCCUGAAGUACUGACUGACACCUCGUACACCCGCGCUGUGGACUGGUGGGGACUGGGAGUGCUGGUUUAUGAGAUGCUGGUGGGAGAGUCUCCGUUCCCUGGUGAUGAUGAGGAGGAGGUGUUUGACAGCAUUGUGAAUGAUGAAGUGCGCUAUCCUCGCUUCCUCUCUACCGAGGCCAUUGGGAUCAUGAGACGGCUGCUCAGAAGAAACCCUGAGCGGCGAUUAGGCUCCGGCGAACGAGACGCAGAAGAUGUGAAGAAGCAGCCCUUCUUCAGGACCGUCGACUGGGACGAUCUGCUGAGUAAGAAGAUGAAGCCCCCCUUCAUUCCCUCCAUCAAGGGCCAGGAGGACGUCAGCAAUUUCGACGAGGAGUUCACAGCUGAGGUGCCGACGCUGACGCCCCCAAGAGAGCCGCGAGUCCUGACCAGAAAGGAACAGGACUGUUUCAGGGACUUUGACUACGUCUCGGACAUGUGUUAGCGCUUUGGGAUUGGGCAGGAGGAGAGAGAGAGAGACUCACGCUUGUAAAUCAAUUCAAAGUCAUCACCCUUGAACCCUUAAACUCCAAAAGGCUGGGUUUCUUUGUAGCAUGCCCGUCCAGGGACCAAUGUGAAGCGAGGAUUUUACUCCCCGAACCUUUCUCAAGUUUUUUUUUUUUUUUAAAGACAAACUUAUUUUAUUUAGUUGUUUUAUGUCUCUGCCCACUUCAAAACUCUUCACGUACAAUACCUGGAUCCAACAAUAGCUAAACUGAAGCACAGGACUCUCUGCUAUCCACUGCUGUGGUCCGAAAAAAAGAAUUGCAGCAAAAACAAGACUCACGUUCUUCUUCUUAUUUUUUUGGGGGGUUUUUAAGUUAUGUAACACGAUGCAUACACUGGUAAUCAUAAGUUUAAAAAAAGAAAAGAAAGGAAAGUUUAAUUUUAUUUAUAAAGAAACAGUAUGUGAUGCUGAGCCCAUUGUGUCCUUUUUUAUUUUGUGUCCUUUGCUUAUUUCAGUGCUGGGACAGAUAUUUGAAUAUUCAAACACACACUGUACUAUUCCUUUUGUUUCCCAGCUGAUAAAGAGAACUGAAAUAGUUGGUUCUAUUUUGAAAGAAUAUUUCCAUCACAGAUUAUUUACACCCAAGACAGCCAGGGAUGGGAGCAAGAGUGGCAUUGCACAGCAAUUAGAUCCAUUUCUCAUUUUACAUUAAUAAGACCCUCCUGAGCUUGUUACCUGUACACUGGGGCUGAUCAAGCUUGCAUUAAAACCUGGAAUGGGUGAAACUGCUAUGCAAUAGGAGUCUUAUUUCCAUUCCUGACAGUGGCAGAUCUUAAUACCACCACCCUCAUGGGCAUAAUGAUUAGUGAUUUUUUAAAUCUAUUGUUAAUGCUGUAAUCAAAGUCUUUUAGAAUUGUUGGGAGUUGCCAGUCUGCUGGGCAGAACACUUCAGGCAAAUGAAUAAUUUGUUUCCAUGCAUCACUUUUUGUAAACGAAUGUGACCUUGGCCGCAAGGCUUGCUGGAAAAGAAUCACUGACAUCCGUCUCAAGCUGGCAUUGCAAGGAAACAGAGUCUUUUCACUCAACUCGGGUAGACUAUCCAUGGGGGUUCAGGAGGAAUGCGGGAGAGCUCGGAUUGGCGGACAAUCCCUGCUCAUGGAAAUGAGGUAUAGGAUGUGCUGGAUAAGAUCUGGCAUUCUGAUGGUCUGAGACUUCACAAGCAAGCUCUUUUUAACACUAAUACAGCUACGCUAGCCUCAGAAUCGCUGUCCUCGUUGCAUUCAGAUAUCCUUCUCAUUUUGUAUUGAGGAUUUUCUUGCACAGUUAGGGGUUCUGACCCUAACAGACACUAGGAGAAAUCAAGCGGCCCUUUCAUGAUUCGGUGUGUGUUCUUAAUUAAAAAAAAAAAAAUGAGAAAAGUUUAUUUGGUCAGUAGGUUGUCCUCUUUGCAAAAAGGUUCUGUUGGUCUCUCAAAACUAUUCAAAGCAGAAAACUAGUGACUUUCACGAUGUUUAUUUAAAAGAAUCGAUGGAAUAUGAAACUCCAGGGUUAAUGAAUUCAGAGUCGCAUCAGAAUUAAUUGGGCUACAGUGGAUGGAUAUUGAUGACACUGGAGUGUAUGGUGCCAAAUAUGGAUUCCUAGGUGCGAAGUGUCAUCCACUGGAGUGCUAGUCCAGACUGUUUUCUCCAGGGAGGGGGGCAUUUUGGACAAUGAUUGAUCUGACCUAAAUGAUUAAAAUUUAAAAUCAAUUAAAAAGGAAAAGAAAACAACAACACUGGUAAAUUUAAAAUGACAUCAUUGUAG